CGCGAAAUAUUUACUCAUGAAUUUUUGUUAUUACUGAGACACAGCACUGCCCUAAUAUCAGUGUGGUAAUUUAUGAAAUCCGAAUGUAUGUAUCUACUACCAUAAUACGCCACACAAAUGUUGUCUCAAAUUGAUAUUGGAGGACAUAGGAAAUCACAUGUAUAACUUCAAAUAAAACUACAAAAAUCGGAUGGAAUAAGUAUAUUUGUAAGUGUUAAUUGAAAAAAUGAUUGACAUUAGUUUUUUGGAUACGAUGAAACAUCCUCAUUUAAAAGCUAAUCAGAAGCUGAAAAACAAUCCCGUAAAAUAUGCCAUGAUUCUGAAUGAAAUUGCGAAGGAUCAGGAGUUAUACGUUGCCAUCAAAGAAAAAAAAGCCAGCAAGGAACAAAUUCAAAAGUUAAUUGUGACAGUUUACUCAGCGGAAAAAAAUCGCUCUAAAAAUAUUCCCGUGUUAGAAGAUAUAUUAAAUGAGUGGGCACUAGAAAUCGUUGAAGACGUUGAUAAGCAACGUUCUGAAGCUGAAACAAUGGUAUAUCCUCCUUGCUCGCUUCAGAGAUUGCAAACUGAUGUCUUCAUAGAAUUUGAGCGACAUCGAGAGGACAUAUUUUCAAAGAAAAUAUUACCAUCCUCAAUAAAUCAUGCAGUUGUUCAGAAUGUCCUGGACACUGUGUUAAAAAAGUAUCAUGACAGAGGGAAGAAACUGAACGUCCUGUCGAUGUCACAAGUAAAGUAUAUGGGUAUCAAGUGGAUGGUAAAAUGUUUCUUCCCAUCUAUAUCGGACAAAGGUCUGCUUUUUGUGGAGGGAAAUUUUUAUGGUUCGAUAGUUCGUUUUUAUGAACUAGCGAAAAUCGAGUAUAACAUAACGUCGAUUUCUGAAGAAUUGCAGGACAUAUAUGUACAGAAUUUUUACAAAAAGAAACUAAUGCCAAAAAAACAUAAAUUCCUUUUCAAUACAAAUAAAUCAGAGACGAGAAGGAAUAUGAAAAAAACAGCACAAAACUGGCAAAAGCGAAGGGACGAGAAGCAAGGAGUCGAAGGGAACAAUAAAUUUAGUGUGAGCAGAAAGAGGACCGAGCAACAGAUGUACACGGCAAAAAAAAAUCGAAAUGACAGAGAAACUAUCGUCACAGAAUCGCAGAAUUCUGAGUAAGUUCUUUUUCAAACAAAAUUACACAUAGAAUUGUAAAUAUAUUAUUUAUCUGUAUACAGAUGAUAAAUAUAGAAAGAGGAUGCAAA